ACUGAAAUACAAAAUGUAGUUAUAGUUCCGCCAUUAAUGCCUUGUUCACAUCCCUCAGGCUCAGGCUCAGGCUCAGGCUCUCCCCUCCGCUUCCGCAUUCAUUUCAUUUCCCCCUUUUACUCCUGAGUUUCAUUUCAUGGCUCCCCAUCUCUUAUCACUCUUACUCCUCACGCUCCUCUCCUCCGCGCUUAGUUUCCCCGCCGAGCGCCGCGCAUUGCUCCUUCUCCGCUCCUCUCUCGGAAUCUCUGCCAAAAGCUGGCACAAGAAGGCCGAUCCCUGCCUCAAUUGGACCGGAAUUCAGUGCCGAACCGGCCACGUCACCUCAAUCACGCUCUCCGGUUUGAGGAGAAGCGUCCAAGCGCGGCAAAAUCCGCGUUUCGCCGUUGAUUCGUUGCAGGAUUUUCCUCUUCUAUCCACCUUCAAUUCAUCUCGUUUUUUGCUAUCCGGCGAGAUUCCGAACUGGUUCGGCGCGAAAAUGAGCAAUCUCCGAGUUCUCGAUCUUAGCUCCAGUUCAAUUUCUGGAUCAAUCCCCUUGUCUCUCGGGAGUUUGAGCAAUCUUACGGUUUUGAAUUUGUCUCACAAUUCCAUCACCGGAAGCAUGCCGAUCGCAUUGGAGAAGCUGCACUCGUUGUCCGUCCUCGAUCUCUCUCAGAAUUCACUGACGGGACAGAUUCCUGACGAGAUUUCGUCUCUUCGAAAUCUCACCUCGCUUGACCUCUCGUUGAACUAUUUAUCCGGUGCGAUCCCGCUCGGUUUUGCUCUGUUUUCGAGACUUCAGAAGUUGAAUUUGAGCAGAAACAGCCUGAGCUCCUCGAUUCCCUCUCAAAUUGCAAAUCUUUACGAAAUGGUGGAGCUUGACCUCGGAUUGAAUUCCUUGAGCGGGGAGCUGCCUCCGGAGCUGGGAGAGUUGAUGAGAUUGACGUAUCUAGAUGUUUCUAGAAACAACUUCACCGGCGUCUUGCCUUCCUUUUUAGAUGCCACUGGUGCAGCCUUCAACUUCUCCGGCAAUCUCUUCUAUGGAAAUGUCAGCCCCGGAUUUGGAAAUGCUCGUGAAGUUGAUCUAUCAAGCAACUUUUUCGGAGGGGAAGCGCCUAGUGGAGGCCACUUAAACCUCUCGAACAAUUGCUUUUCAAGGGAAGAAAGGCAGAGGGGAUUUGAGAUAUGUUCCAAGUUUUACAAGGAUGUUGGCAUACCCUAUGGCAGUGAUAGUAGCCAGCAACCAACUCCACCGCCUCGAUUGGAAGAACCAACGAAGAGGGGGAGAAGUAGGGGGAGAAGUAUACUGCUUUAUGUUAUUAUUGGAGUUUUUGGUGGGUUUGGUUUAGUCUUCAUAGCUGUAACAGCAUUCCUGUUGCUUCUGAGAUCACACAGAGCUCGGAGUAGAAGUAAUCAGCAUGCUCAGAGUAGAGAUGUCGAGCAGCCUCCCCCGCUCGUUGCUGACUUGUCUAGCUUGGGAGAGGCCUUCACAUUUGACCAGCUGGUUGUGGCAACGAGCAAUUUCAGUGACGAGAACUUGAUAAAGCAGGGGCACUCGGGUUGCCUGUUUCGCGCGAGGCUGGAGGACGGGGAGCUUGUAGUUGUGAAGAAAGUAGAUCUGCAGCUGGUGAGAGCAGAGCUGUUUGUGGCGGAGUUGGAGUUUCUUGGGAAGGCGAGGCACCAGAGGCUGGUGCCACUUGUGGGGCACUGCUUGGACGAUGACAAUGUGAAGUUUCUGGUGUAUAAAUACAUGCCGAAUGGGGAUUUGUCGAAUGCUUUGUACAGGAUGACGAGUUCCGAAGAAGGGCUGCAGUCGUUGGAUUGGAUCACGAGGCUGAAGAUCGCGAUUGGAGCUGCAGAGGCCUUGUCCUACUUGCACAAUGACUGCAAUCCUCCUAUUGUUCAUAGAGAUGUUCAAGCGAGUAGCAUCCUUCUUGACGACAAAUAUGAGGUUCGGCUUGGGAGUUUCAGCGAAGCUUGUGCUUCGGGCGCCAAUAAUCAUCAGGGUGUGGUAGCGAGGAUGACUUCUAGUAGACGGGGAUCAUCGUCUGGUAUGUGUGCCUACGACGUGUACUGUUUGGGGAUGGUGUUACUUGAGCUGGUGACGGGGAAGGUCGGGAUAUGCACGACUAGCGAUGCUGAUGCGCAGCAAUGGCUGGACAGCAACUUACCAUUCAUCAGUAUCUACGAGAAGGAACUGGUGAAUAAGAUUGUGGACCAAUCUCUCAUAGUAGACGAGGAUCUUCUCGAAGAGGUAUGGGCCGUUGCGGUGGUGGCUAAGUCGUGCCUGAAUCCCAAGGCCUCGCGGCGCCCUUCAAUGAGGCAUGUGGUGAAAGCGCUGGAGAAUCCGUUCAAGGUGGUGAGGGACGAGAAUUUCAGCUCGGGGAACCUGAGAAGGGGCUCGUCUAGGCAGUCGUGGACAGCUGCAUUGUUCGGUAGCUGGCAUCAUAGCUCCUCGGGCAGCUCUAACAUGUCGAGCCAAACGAAUAAGGAGAUCAUUGGGGGGCUGCGACAGGCCGAGAGAGUCGGGUCUCAUGGUAGUGGGACGAACGAUCAUUCGUCUUCGCAUAAAAGAUCGUCGAGCGAAGUCUUCCCACAGCCACUGGAUAUGCAAGACGAAGAGAGUGGAAACUGAUGGUGGGUAAUCCUUCCUCAAUGAGUGUGUGAGAGAUUGUUAGUGUAGGAUAGAACCUGUUAAUAGUUAUGCUCUGUUGUACAUAAGCCAAUUUAUUCCUGCAUUCUUACAUAUCACUCACUACCUUCUUUUUCUGCUCCUCUUCCAGUAAAAACCUACAUUAUCCAUGAAAAAUCAAUUGUAGUAGUAAAGAGAGAAAAUUGAUUAAAGAUAAGGUUAGUGAAAUGAAAGAAAAAUUUAUUGAAUA